ACUGGGAGCUCCGAGAGAACCCAGAGUAGCUGCUGCGGUGCCCGCCCCCUCUCUCCACCCCUCCAGCGGAGCUGGUCUCUGGCCCGGCACCGUCGCGGGCCCCCCUGGCUCGGCCACCUGAGACUGUGCUGGGAACCGGCCACCUCUCUUUCCUCUGGCCAGCAAAGUUUGUGGCGAAGCCGGCGCCAGGCAGAGCGCGCCCCAGGGGAGAUCCGGGAGCGCCCGAUGGCUGGCGGUAGGAGCCGUUGACCCGGGGUGCCGCCGUCCGGAGCAGGAGCGCGGAGCAGACAGCAGCUCUCCGCCUCCGGUGCAUGGAGACCAGCUGAGGAGCCAGCAUGGGCAACUGCGUGGGGAGACAGCGCCGGGAUAGGCCGGCCGCCCCGGGACACCCCCGCAAGCGAGCAGGACGUAAUGAACCCCUGAAGAAGGAGCGGCUCAAGUGGAAGAGCGACUACCCCAUGACUGAUGGGCAGCUACGGAGCAAGCGGGACGAGUUCUGGGACACUGCACCUGCCUUCGAGGGCCGCAAGGAGAUCUGGGAUGCCCUCAAGGCCGCCGCCUACGCAGCUGAGGCCAACGACCAUGAGCUGGCUCAGGCCAUCCUGGACGGAGCCAGCAUCACCCUCCCUCAUGGCACCCUCUGUGAAUGCUAUGAUGAGCUGGGCAAUCGCUACCAGCUACCCAUCUACUGCUUGUCACCGCCUGUGAACCUGCUGCUGGAGCACACUGAGGAGGAGAGCCUGGAGCCCCCUGAGCCCACCCCCAGCGUGCGCCGUGAGUUCCCGCUGAAGGUGCGCCUCUCCACAGGCAAGGACGUGAGGCUUAACGCCAGCCUGCCCGACACGGUGGGGCAGCUCAAGAGGCAGCUGCACAGCCAGGAGGGCAUAGAACCGUCAUGGCAACGAUGGUUCUUCUCUGGGAAGCUGCUCACAGACCGCACACGACUCCAGGAAACCAAGAUCCAGAAAGAUUUUGUCAUCCAGGUCAUCAUCAACCAGCCCCCGCCGCCCCAGGACUGACGGGCCAGACUCCUGGGAAGAGAGGCCACUGAGGGCUUCUGUGAGACUGAGGGGUCAAGGCCUGGAGCACGAGGUCCCCACCCUGCUGCCGCCUUCCAGUGCUGUUGUCUUCUUUAGGGGAAGCCUCCACCAUAUGGCUCUGCAUGAGCCAAAAGGGACCCUGCCUCCCAGGAGCACUGUGGACCACCAGUGCCCAGCACCCAGGGAGCAGUGCUGCCACACACAGGCCUUGCCAACUUUGUCAGAGAAAAGACAACCCGGGGUCCUCCACCACACCUCUCUCCUGCAACAGGUUUGAGCCAUGGGGCCAGCCUGGAGGCCCUGGAGCCCAGAUCUGUCAUCUGGUGCUGCCACUAUGCUCAGUCCAGUUUUUCUCCUCAGGGUCGGAAGCAGCUGCUGUCUCCCUCCUCUGCCCCACCCUGACUCUGCCUGAGCACAAUGCCAGUCCCCUAGAGUAGGGGGAACCACCGGUGAGCCCCAGGGCUUGGGGAGUGUGAGGCAGGCCUCUGCCUCUCCCUGCACCUAGCACAAUCGGCAGAGAUGAGGCGGGUGGCCAGACAGCUGGGCUUUGUGGCAGGGGUCUGCACAGGGCCAUCUCCUGGCUGUAACCCAAGCGGUGGGGGGUGUGCAGCCUAGUCAUGGCCCUCAGCAGGUCCCUGUGUACAGACAUAUCUGCAUAUUUAUCAAUAAAGCCUUUUGCUCCUUUCUUGCCUGGCAUUGGACUUUGAGUUCUGCAGCUCUGUGGACCCCAGAGCGCCUGCUGUUGUGGGAACAGGUGGGUACAGCAGAGCAUACAGACUGCUUCCAGGCCCUCAUCCCAACUUCUCUUGUGU